AUGUCAACGUGGGAACAAGUACGAAAAGAAGUCCGAGCCUACCGUAGCUCUGCACAACCUACAAACCUAUUCUGCAUUAAAGAUUUCUGUUUUGACCAAAAGAACAACCGCGUCUACUUUUUGGCGACUGACUCGUCACGCGUAAAGACAUCGACGUUAUACCUGGUUAACCUGAGUGAAAUUGAUAAUGAUAAUAUUGGUAGCAAUAGCAGUCGAUAUGAAACGGGAAAAUCGCAACCUUCACCGCCGCCGCCGCAACAACCUUUGGAUACUGAAAUCCGCUGUUCGAACGCCAUUCUGAAAAUCAGCGAAGAUACCAAUCAGACCAUUUCCGCUGCUUCCUCCUCCUUUUCUUGCAAGCUUUCAUUUGGUUUUAACGAAUAUCAGGUGAAAAGUGAGUUUUUUGCUUCUUUAUUUCUAGUACUAGAUUAA